ACUCCACCAAAGUCGCAGUGAACUCCUCCGAAACCCCCCCUCCUUUUCCUAGCCCUCUACCUGACUACUGACUAGAAAUACCACACGCCCCGUCCGUCGCCACCCGGCGCGCGCAGCAGACUACCGACUAACCAACCAUUCUCACCAUUAACCACCAAUUCCUCCCGUGACAGGGAGGACGCCGAGAGGCAGCGAAGAAGGAAGGAAGGAGGCAAGGUUGAGACAACAGCCAGCAAUGGAGAAGGCGCUCGACAGGCAGAGGAUCCUGCUGCGGCACCUGGAGCCCGCGGCCGGCGCCAGCCCGACCGCCUCCGCCAUCUCCGCCAGCGCGUGCGCCGCGGGGGACAGCGCCGCGUACCACCGGGGCCCCUGCUUCGCCGACGACGUCGUCAUCGUCGCUGCCUAUAGGACAGCAAUCUGCAAGGCCAAGAGAGGUAGUUUCAAGGAUACACUCCCUGAGGACCUCUUGGUACCGGUAUUCAAGGCUUUGGUGGAUAAAACAAAGCUAAAUCCGAGCGAAGUUGGCGACAUUGUUGUUGGUACUGUUUUAGCUCCUGGGUCCCAAAGGGCAAUAGAAUGCAGGAUGGCCGCAUUGUAUGCGGGUUUCCCUGACACGGUUCCUCUGAAGACUGUAAACCGACAGUGCUCUUCUGGGCUUCAGGCAGUCGCAGAUGUUGCUGCUGCUAUUAAAGCAGGGAUGUAUGAUAUUGGUAUUGCUGCUGGCGUAGAGUCAAUGACAGUGAACAAAGUUAAUCUUGUCGAGAAAGCGAAUCCCAAAGUUGAGCUAUUUGCUCAAGCACGCGAUUGCCUUCUCCCAAUGGGCCUUACCUCCGAGAAUGUUGCACAGCGGUUUGGCAUAACACGCAUGGAGCAAGAUCAAGCUGCUGUUGAGUCUCACAGGAAGGCAGCGGCGGCAGUUGCUGCUGGUAAAUUUAAAGAAGAAAUUGUUCCAGUUCAUACAAAGAUCAUGGAUCCAAAAACUGGUGAAGAAAAGGAGAUUGUGGUCUCAGCAGAUGAUGGAAUCCGGUCGAAUACCACACUGGCAGUCCUGUCAAAACUUAAACCAGCAUUUUCCAAGGACGGGACAACUACUGCUGGAAAUGCUAGCCAAGUAAGUGAUGGAGCUGGAGCUGUCCUACUAAUGAGGCGAGAUGUUGCUACACAGAAGGGUCUUCCAAUUCUUGGAAUCUACAGGAGCUUUGCUGCAGUUGGAGUUGAUCCAGCUGUGAUGGGUGUUGGUCCUGCUGUUGCUAUCCCAGCAGCAGUGAAGGCCGCGGGCCUUCAAAUUAAUGAUAUUGACCUUUUCGAGAUUAAUGAGGCUUUUGCAUCUCAGUAUGUGUACUGCUCAAAAAAGUUGGAUCUCGAUCCCGCAAAAGUCAAUGUUAAUGGAGGUGCAAUUGCUCUUGGACAUCCAUUGGGUGCCACAGGUGCGCGCUGUGUCAGCACUCUUCUCAACGAGAUGAAGCGCCGAGGCAAGGACUGCCGGUUUGGAGUGAUUUCUAUGUGCAUAGGUUCCGGGAUGGGUGCGGCCGCCGUUUUCGAGCGUGGAGAUGCGGUGGAUGAGCUGACGAAUGCCCGAGGGGGGCCCUCGCUUAACUGGCUCUCCAAAGACACCGUGUAACUAUUUCUCAUGCAAAUUGUGUAGCUGCCACCAUUGUUCUCAAUUAUCAAAGCGUGCUGGGGUUAGGGAAUAAUUUGAUCCUGUAUUUGUAAUUCUUCUUGGGAUAUGACACCGUGUAACUAUUUCUCAUGCAAAUUGUGUAGCUACCACCAUUGUUCUCAAUUAUCAAAGCGUGCUGGGGCUAGGGAAUAAUUUGAUCCUGUAUUUGUAAUUCUUCUUGGGAUAUGAAAAAUCUUAUCAACGUUUGAGCUUA